UGCCAAGCGAUAAUGGUUGCGUACGACGCCAAGCCAAGCGAGGACAGCGGUGUAAAGUUUAAAGUUGCCUCCAACACCUUCUAAAUCUAGUGACGACCAUGUGGUCGAGGUUAAGGCGAUACCCUUUUCGAGUGUGAGCAGAUGUGUAUAGAUCUAGAUCUAGUUGAAGAGAUUUGACUGAAUCAGCGAUGCAUCUGACAAAAUGUGUCAGGAGAUUCGUUGUUGCGCUGAACUUUAGUUGAAGUGAACUUGGAUCCCCCUCACCAGUCACCAGUGCCAAUCUUGGUUUUAUCGGUCGUAGAUUCUCCUAUAAAAUAAUAUAGAUUUGGCUUCUUGACCAGAUAUUCCUGCCGCUCUUGAGUUUAGCUGUUUAACUCUGUCAUCUAACUGCUUUUGCUUUUGGCUUCUGGAACAGAUUCCGAGGAGAAGAUGGGCUUUUUUGAUUCGUUGGCCCAGUGGCUUGGAGUGAGGAAGAAGGAAGUGAACGUGAUGGUUUUAGGUCUUGAUAACAGUGGUAAAACUACUGUUAUAAAUCAUUUUAAACCCCCAGAGACAAAGAACCAUGAUAUUGUCCCAACAGUUGGUUUCAACGUGGAGAAGUUCAAAUCGAAAUCAUUGGCUUUCACUGCAUUUGACAUGUCUGGACAAGGCAGAUACCGAAAUUUGUGGGAACAGUAUUAUAAAGAAUGCGAUGGUAUCAUCUUCGUCAUUGAUAGCAGUGACAAACUGCGCAUGGUGGUUGCUAAAGAUGAGUUGGAUCUCCUGCUACAGCAUUCAGAACUGAAAAAUCGACGAAUUCCUGUUCUUUUUUUUGCCAAUAAAAUGGACGUAAGAGAUGCAGUAACUAGUGUCAAAUGUUCACAUCUAAUGGGACUUGAAAACUUGAGUGAUAAGCCUUGGCAUAUAUGUGCAAGCAAUGCUCUGACUGGAGAAGGUCUUCAUGAAGGUGUCGACUGGCUCACUGAUCAGCUCAAAGAGGUUCUUGAAAGAAAGAAAAAGUGAUGUCCACCUGGUGCAUGAAUUUGUCAUUGAUUAUGAUUGAGAAGAUAAACUCUUAAGUUAUCAGUUUUAUUGCUUUGUUUGGGAGUUAAAUUUUCUCCUUCUUUAAGAAAUUGGAGAAUGGCGCCUUGAUACUAUAGUUUUUGUUGUUUUACCUCUCUGUCUUUUUUAAAACUCACUGACUGCCAGGUGUUGAAAUCCCAAUGUAACCCCGACUGCUGGCAUUUCAAGGGUGUUUUAAAACAUUCAUUGAAGGAUAACUAUUCAAAGGAGACACUUAUAAUUUUUACGAUAUGUUUUCUAUUGAGUCAAGGUGAAAACAGAUGUAAUAGGUGUCAUAAUUUUGUUUUACAAUUAUUUAAAAUAUGUGCAAAAGUAAACUCAGAAUUCUUUGAGCAACAGGUUGAGGAAGUGCAUGAAACAACCUGAAGGGCAUGUUUUCUGUUACCCUUUUUAACAGAAUAAUUGGGGUGCAAGUAUUCUAAGUCACUUCUAUGACUAUCUGAUGCCCUGUUCAAUAUCAGAACCCUCAAAAACGAACAGUUUUUCAUUUAGAGGCUGGAAGAUGUACAAGCUCAGUCUGAAAUAGCGACAUGCUGAUCCCAGAUUUAAAAAUACCUAUUGUAACUCACCUCCCCCCCCCCCAAAAAAAAAGAAACAUAGGCUACCUUAAUUAAUGGAGAUCAGGGAACGCAACUACAGAAUUAAACAGACAUUUCUGCGAUUGCUGAAGCUCAUCACAGGUUGGUAAAUAGUAUAAAAACCAUUAGGAAUUGAAACCGACAGGGAUGCAGGUUCAGCAUUUCUCGUAUACAUGUCUAGGCCCUCAGACGUAGCAUCAUUAACGGCAGUCAGUGAGUUAGGUUCCCCUUGCAUUUUACAGUAUUAUGAAAUCCAUAAUUUCUGAAUUGUCUUUUUUAAUACUGAAACUAUAUUUUUCAAACAUUUUUUUGUCCUUGAAUUGUGUGUAUUGUGUUUGUAUCCAACAGUCUGCUGUUCUGGAGCAUUAUCCUUUGACUGAAUAGGCCUACCAUUUUUCAUCACUGCUCAGGGUAUAAAUUACAAGGUCAUUUUUUUGGUCAGGUCUGAUGUUUAUGUAAACCCUUGGGGUGGCAAUCAAUAUUGAUGGGUGUCAUUUUUAAAAGUGGUGUUAUUCUGAAAUUGAAGGAAAAUUACCUUUUCUCCAUAUAGGCCUAUGCUCAUUUUUAGGUCUGCGCUGUGCUGAAGCUUUCAAAUUAGGUGAUUUAUUGAUUCUAGUGCAACUACCUUUAAUAGAAGGCACUUUAAAGAAAACAAAAAUGUGCCACACAGUCCUUCAUGCACAUUACAAAGUCCAAGGGACACAGAAACCUUUUCGUAUGUAUGCAUUUCGCUAUGUUGGCCUACAGGUUCUAAAUACAAGGAAUAAAUGUAAGAAAAAAUCUGGGACCUGAAAAUCUUUUCACAAUGCGCAUGUUUUAUUAUAUAUGUGUGUAUGUUCACCAUGUGCGUGUUAAAUGAUAUACAUGAUAGCUUACUAUCUAUCUUAUCUAUCAAUAUUUUUAAAAAAAUUUUUAAUGCUCUUCUUUGCCUUAUGACGUUCCUGGUACAUCAUAAAAAUGUGUAAUUUUUAGCUUUGUGCAGCACCAUGGACGUCGGAAGUUCGCUAAAUUUUUGGUUCCUGACUGCGUAAGUGAUGUUACGUGUUCGUCUUGCACAUUUCCAUACCAAAUUUGCAAUACUAGUUUACUGCUGGGCUUGAGAGCGAUCGAUUUAGACAGGUCUAGUCUUGUGGCUGAACACAUGCUCCUGCAAAACAUAAACACCAAAACUGACUUUAGAAAGGCAGCAAAUUUCACUUUUUGACUUGGAUAUUUGCAAGUUAUUUUGACGUUAUGAGCAAGAUGAAGAAUAUAGGGAAUAGGUUAAAAUGACACUAUCAAAGACCCUGGGUUCGAAUAAAAUAUAAUAUAUAUGUCUAGAGUGGACUAGGUCGAGACAGCUCGUCCAAUUACACUGGGUCGUGGGACUGCUGUCCUGGCUGAUGACUUGAGCUGAAAAUCAGAGCUGACAGUAGGAACGCACUUCCCCUGGCAAUGAAGGUUUAGUACUAUUCUCUGUUUAUUUUUUGAUGAAUUAGGCCUUUCAAGACUGAUUCGUGUUGCUCUUGUCAUGUUUGGUCAGCAUAGAGCUUGAAUUAUUUUUUCGACAACACAUGAUUACCCUUGGUAUCCCAACUUGAGUAUGCGUUUCGAGUUCAUGCUGCUCUUGUAAUUUGGUCGGAGAAUAAUUUUUAUUUAGAUUAAACAUGCAUGUAAGCAUCCUCUUUUGACCCCCUCUUUCUUCCCGUUAUCUUUUCCAGUGGUUGGAAAUUGCAUCUCUGAACUGUUUGCAAUAAAGCACUGUACUGUAUCUCUUGCCAUCUUGCCUGCCUGCUCUGACCCCUACUUUAGUAUUUUAAUGUGCAGAAUCAAAGAUCUUUAGAUACUUGCUCACCAUGGUGAAUACAAUAAUCAGACCCUAUUGAGGAACAUCUCUGGACUCUGGAUUUUUUGUACGCAUUUGUCAUUUCAGCCAAGAAGUUGGAUGCUUGUAUUUUUGUACAUCACGUACCUGAAAUAAAAGAAUGUUAAAUAAAUUCUACGGUAUAGGCUGGUAAGAAUUAAUUAGGCUCUUUAUUCUUUUGUUCUUUCUCAGCAAGUCUUAUUUUGUUCAUUUUCAUGUUGUUUCACCUUAACUUUAACCUUACUAUGAAAAGUGGAUUAUAAAUUUUUAUUGUUCUUCAGUUCUUGUGUUGAAAUAUUAUUACAGAAAUAACAUCCAUUCCUUGUAAAUGCCGUCCUGAAAUGGAAGAACAAUUUUAUCAUGAACAAAUUGUUAAUGCCUUUGACUCUUUUAUAAUAUGUACCAGGUAUGUCGAUAAUGACUAUUGUUUGGAGUUAUUGAAAUUGCGUUACAUUUGUGCUUUUCUUCAGCAUUGAAAUUUCAUUGUUUUUGCAUUUGACAAACACUUGUUGCCAUGCCUAGUUCUUUCCUUUCACAUCAGAUGCUGGAAACACUACAGUGAGUGGUAGUGAGAUAAGGAGUGGAACUGGGGGCACCUUUUAUAUAUAUGAUAGGCUUUCUUUUAUAUCGGACAGAGUUCAGCUGCAGUUUGUUAAAAACUUUUGAUCCGGAAAGGACUAUAAUCAUUGAUAAUCUUAGUCAAUUAUAUUUUUGGUAUGGUCAAUUUUAGUUUUUAGUUUUAGAUGAAUCCAGUACUGCUCCCAUUGUAAAUUGUUGGAGCUCUUUUUCCGUUAUCGGUACAAAUAUUUAAACAUAAAGUUAAUACUAAUAAUACUGUAUACACUUGUUUUCAAGUUUACUAGACAGUCCUUAUGGUGCAAGAUGUUAUUUUUAACACUAUACAGUGUCUAGUAUCUGUUCCUGAAAGGACUUUACUUUGAAAUUAAUGAAAUGAUAGAGUUGCCUUCUAUCAAAAUCUAUUAUCCCUGAACUAUGACAGAAUGCUUUGAUCUGUUUUGAAUGCAUCUCACCAUUAAUAUAAUAAAGGUUGUUUUUAUUUAAC